AUGUCGGCAGGCCCCUCCCACACUGUCGACUCUCGGCAGCUCAGACGAGACUUUGCAGCGAUCAAGGACGGAACUAAACGAUUCGGCUCGCCUUCCGAAGUCAUUGCAACAUUCACUGCCCCCUUCAUCCGUCUCUUUGGCCCCGAUGCUCUUCCACCGAGCCUCAGGCCCGCCAUCGGACCCUCUGCCUCGACCAGCGCACCGCAGCGCGCCCCACUCGACGUCCUGCUCAUCGAGACGAUCCAAGAAGCCCUCCUUGUGCGCAUCGUGAUCGAUCUCCCAUCUUCUACUCAGCUUCGUGACCUGCUCGAGCUCUGGUCAUUCGCGCCCUCCCUCCAAGCAGCCCAAAAAGGUGCGGUACAGCAAUGCGCACUACGCACCCUCUGCCGGGUUCUCCCUUCUCCCAACCUUCAUCCGCUCACGCUCGCCGCGCUCGAGAGGCUCUGCAUUGAAGCGUUGGAUCGACUGUCGCUUCCCGCACUGGUGUCAAGCGUGCAAGCGGAACCCAAUGCAGCUCGCGCAGACGUGGCGUGGAGCGAGACACUACGCUUGGCCUGCUCCCUCCCCGAUCGACUGGCGAAUGCGACACAGGGGAAGCUUCCCGCUGGCUUCUCGCAGACAACAUGGAUCGGGAGGGUGCUCGUCGGCGGGAUUGCGCAGUGUCUCUCCACAGCGAAAGAGGGAGAGAGGGUGCCGACAAAACACCUCAAAGACGUGCUAACGCGGCUCGACAGGAUGGGAUACCUGAGCAGAGCGGUGGAUGCCGAAGGGCGUGGUUUUUGGGUGACGCUUCUGCGCAGGAUACAAGGGGAUGAGGGUGCUGCGCGGAACUGCGCGAGGUUGCGGAGUAGGUUGGGGAGGAGUUUGAGGGGUAGAUUGGAUUGUGGGCUGGUGGAGACGUUGCAGUACUGGAUGACAAGAAAAGGCGUAGCCAGUGUGUUGGUGACGAGCGCCGAGAAGGCGAGGCCAGGGACGGAGGGGACAGCGUUCCUUGGCAAGUCGUCGCAGGAGAUGGUUGCUGCCCUCACUCACAUCUUCGACACCCUACUCCGUCCCUCGUCUUCGGACUAUUCCACGACGUCCGCCUCCGACUCGGACGAUGACGACGACGCUGAAUCGCGCCUCAUCGCCGAUUUCCGCCUCCUCGCCCUCUCCUCGCCCCACCACUCCCCCCUCCUCGCCUGGGCCUGGGCGCACCAUCUCGCGCACACACUGCCGCCUGCAUCCCUGCUCAUCUGCCUCGAAUCGUCCCUCGAACAGUGGUCCGACCCCUCGCGCAUCCGACUAGCCCUGCUCACCCCCACCCUCUUCCUCAGCACCCUCAUCGCAUGCCUUCUCGCUGCGAUACCGUCCACCCUCCCGGGGCUAGCCGCAGUCGCUCGCUCGAGCGCGGUAAUUACCGGCGUCUCGUCGCACCUCGAGCAGCCCGAUCCGACCAUCCGACGGAUGGGCAUGCUGAUCGCCGAACUGCUCAGCGCCAAGACUGCCGGGGAAGGGAAAGCGCUGAACUUCGGUAAAGGCGCAUGGAACGGGACGGGGGAGGGGAGGGAGGAGGCGCGGGUGGUGAGGGCGUUGGGCGAUGCCUGGUCACACCAUGUGAAAUGUGUGGACAGGGUAAGGGAGGGAUGGAAGGGGGUUGGGGAGGCCGUGCGGGUGGUCGGGGUUGAAGAGGAGGAACGGAUGGUGGAGAGGAUCGAGUCGAUUAGCAAGGAGAAGAGGGGGAAGGUGAGGACGAGGAGGUUGCCGGAGCGAGUAGCGCCGGUCCGACCCGCUGUUGGAGCGAAGACAAGACCGCUCAUCACGAUGAUCGAGCCUGACAACGAGCAGGAACUCCCACCGCAAGAGUCGCCGCUCACGAUGUUUUCCUCCCGCCCCACUCGCGCUUCAGACGCGUCAGACUCCAGCUCGGAGGGGUCGGAUAGCGACAUUGCGCCGGACGACCCAGAAUCCGUCCACCGCCUCGCAGCCUCCCUCACCGGCCUAUCCACGUCUGAAACCAACACCCUGCUCAACACCAACCCUCGCUCGGGCGGAAAAAUUACCGACCUGGACGCUAACACCGACGCCCACGCACCCAGCUUCACCCGCACCCCGCCACCUCCGAUCUACAUCUCCCAACUCUCGCCCCUCCUCCGCGCCUCAGACCGCAGCAGCAUCCGUCAGGGCUUGCACCACGCCUCCUCGCUCAUCGCGCGCAAGUCGAACCCCGCUUUUGGCGCGGAAGUGCGGGAGAAUGCGGUGGACCUGGUGCUGACGCUCAUUGCGCUGCACGACAAUUAUGGGAUCAAGCGGUUCGAGCAGAUGCGGCGGGCGGCGGUGAAGGCGUUAGCGAUCGCAGAGCCGGGCGUGGUGGUGCCCGUGUUGGUGGAGCAAGGGAUGGGCGGACAGUAUAGUGAAGCGCAGAGGAGGGGUGUUUGGUGGGCGGUGGUCGAGAGCGCAGUGGUGUUGGCCAAGGGCGAUGCAGCGGGAGAUGGGGAUGAGGAAGAGGGGGGGAGGGUGGAACGGGUGAUGGAAGGGGUGGUGAAAGGUGCGCGGGCGGUGGGCGAGUCGAAGGUGCCCCAGAUCAAGAGGCAGCGCGGGCUGAUGGUGUCUCAACAGACGAGCGCCGGUCGGGGCAAGAUGGUCCAGUUGCACGAUCCAUCAGCCCCAUCAGCGCUGGUGACGGGUGGCAAGGACGAGUGGGCACAGCUAGCGGGCCCAGUCUACCUCUUCCCCCUCAUCAACCGGUUCCUCGCCUACCAGGCAUACGCACAACGCGGUGCGGGAGGGUUUGACACAACAACGACCGCACUGUUUCACGACACGAUCAGCGUCCUCCUCUCCCUCGCACCCACCACCCUCAUCCCUUCCGUCACAACAUCCGUCCUCGACCUGCUCAGCACCUCCCUCUCACCAACACUCACCCCCACAGGCCCGCUCACAAACUCCCUCCUCACCCUCCUAGCCAUCACCCUCGAUCGCACCCUCCAAGGUGACCCACAGCGCCUCCUACAGGACCGACACAGCGUGUCCCACCUGCAGCAACUGAUGAGCUGGACGCGGGAGGUGUUUGCCGAUGUGCAAGCGCAGGCGCCCACAGGGAUGGCAGGGAAGAUUGCGGCCAGAGCGGCGAGUGUGCUGCUCCUCAUGGAUAGGCUGGACGAGGUGAGGGAGGGGUGGGUGAGGGAGUUGGUUGGGUUUGUGCCUGCCUAG